AUGGACCAUGUCGACACUGGCGCACCAGACGACAUCGAUGACUUCGUCAAGGGCAUCGGGAGCGUGCAGGAAGUCUUCACUAUCGACGAUGACCAAAGUCCCUAUCCGGAAGUGAGGGCUAACGUUCCCAACACUGACGACCCUUCGAUACCAGUCAAUACCCUCCGCAUGUGGCUGACAGGCAUCGUCUUCACCAUUCUCGGCACCGGAAUCAACCAAUUCUUUAGCAUGAGAUAUCCGAGCGUCACCAUCUCAUCUCUCGUAGCUCAACUUCUCGCAUACCCCGUGGGAACCUUUCUCGCUCGCAUCUUACCUGUCAAGACUGUGCACAUUCUCGGGUACAACUUUGUGAUCAAUCCUGAUCAUUACUUCAACAUCAAAGAGCAUGGAUUGGUGACCAUCAUGUCCAAUCUCGCAUUCGGACCAUCGUGGGCUACAGACAUCAUUCAAGCGCAGGUGGCACCGGCCUUUUUCAAUCUCAAGGCUCCAGUCUCGUACCAAUUCUUGCUUGCAUUGACCAUGCAACUUUUUGGACUGGGUAUGGCAGGACUCGCAUAUAGAUUCAUUGUUGAGCCUCCACAGAUGAUAUGGCCAUCGACACUGGCCAAUGCUGCACUCUUCCAGACAUUGCAUUCGAGGCUGAAUCCUGUAGCAGAUGGCUGGAGGAUAUCGAGAUAUCGUUUCUUCACUUUCGUGUUCAUUGGGAGUUUCGUCUGGUACUGGCUACCUGGCUAUCUCUGGACUGGUCUAAGCACCUUCGCUUUCAUAUGCUGGGCAGCGCCGAACAACGUGGUCGUGAACAAUUUAUUCGGCAUGUCCACUGGCCUGGCAUAUCUCCCAACGACCCUCGACUGGUCCCAGGUUGCCUAUAACGGCUCUCCUUUGGUCGUACCUUUCUGGGCCCAAGCAAACGUUUUCGCCGGCUGGAUAAUUUGCUACGCCUUAGUCACACCCAUCUUGUACUAUAAGAACGUCUGGAACUCCGCAUACAUGCCUUUCAGCGGAACCCAUACAUACGACAAUACCGGGAACGUUUACAACGCGUCUCGCAUCGUCGACCAACACGGACAAUUCCUCCAAGACGAGUACUCUAAAUACAGCCCGCUCUUCAUGCCCGUCACAUUCGCCCUGUCAUAUGGCAUGUCCUUCGCCGUCAUGACCUGCGUACCGACGUACAUCUUCCUCUUCCACUGGCGCGACAUUCUCGACGCAUUCAAGCCCGACCGCAAGAAAGACAUACACGCCCGUCUGAUCGAUCGCUAUCCCGAUGUCCCAUGGUGGUGGUACGCAGUCAUGACAACCAUUGUGCUCGCACUCUCCAUUACCGUCCAAGAAGUCUACUCCACCGGUCUUCCCGUCUGGGGAGUCGUCAUCGCCUUCCUCAUGGCCAUGGUCUAUCUCAUCCCCACGGGCUCCGUCUUCGCCGUAGCAAACCUCAACAGUAAUGUCCUGACCGUCCUCGGAGAGAUUAUCGCCGGCUACAGUCUUCCCGGCAAGCCCAUCGUGCUCCUCAUAUUCAAAUUUUACGCAUACACGGGUCUUGCUCAGGCAAUGAUCUUCGCGAGCGAUAUGAAAUUAGGUUUAUAUCUCAAGAUACCACGGCGGACACUCUUUGUCGCACAGCUCACAGCGUGCAUUGUGGGGUCAUUGACUCAAAACGGGGUGUUGCUGUGGAUGUUGGGCAAUGUAAAAGACAUUUGCACAUCCGAGCAGUCGAAUGGAUAUUCCUGUCCACAGGGUACAGUAAACUUCUCCUCCAGCAUUAUCUGGGGCGCCAUCGGCCCAGCACGUCUCUAUAGCUUCGGUCAACAAUACUCCGGACUCCUCCACCUCUUUUGGCUGGGAGCCCUUCUCCCUGUUGUAACCUUCUUCGCCCGACGUCGCUACCCCUCCAACACCUUUCUCGCUAACCUUCAUUGGCCCCUAUUCUUUGCGGGAACCGGCAACGUCCCACCAGCAACAGGAAUAAACUAUAGCUCAGCGUUCGCAGUCUCCUUCAUCUUCAACAGAUGGAUCAAGCAACGUUAUGCGUUUUGGUGGGCGAAAUACAACUAUGUCCUAUCGGCGGCGUUGGAUUCGGGACUGGCUGUGUCGGCGGUGAUUAUCUUUUUCGCAGUGGUCUUCCCAGGUGUCAGUGUUAGUUGGUGGGGAAACAAUAUUCAGGGUACGACGGUGGAUGGGAAGGGGACUCCAUACAUGGACCUUCCGCCGAGUGGAACUUUUGGUCCAGCGACGUGGUCUUGA